UCCCCCCCCCUCAGGUGCCUUCCCCGCCCACCAGGUGCCUCCCCCCGCCCGUCCCCAUGGAGUGAGAGCACACGGGGGUCUCUGCAGCGGCGCAGCCCCCGCCCCUCCGGGAGGAAAGCUGGAAGGCACCGCAAAUAUGAGCGACUUCUGGCACAAGCUGGGCUGCUGCGUCGUGGAGAAACCACAGCCUAAGAAGAGGAGGAGACGGAUUGACCGCUCCAUGAUCGGCGAGCCCAUGAACUUCGUGCACCUGACGCACAUCGGCUCCGGAGACAUGGCUGCGGGCGAGGGGCUGCCCAUGACGGGUGCUGUGCAGGAGAUGAGGUCCAAAGGCGGACGGGAGCGGCAGUGGAGCAGCUCCCGUGUGUUGUAGCACUAUUCUUGGCUCUUUCAGCCCGAACUUGAACUGCCCGAUCCCCACACCGGAGGAAAAGCCAGCCUCGAGCGCUUGAUUCCCGUGGUAACUUAUGCAGGCGGAGCCUCACGGCCAUCCCAGCAGCUCCGGGUCACCCCCCACAGAUCCCCCCUUCCGGGGCACCGGGCGGCGACGCGGGGGGCAGCAGAGCAGCCCAGCCCACACCGGGAGACGCCGUGCACAGCCACGAUGUGCCAAAUCCUCCCCCUUCUCCCUUUCCCCACACCCCCGCUGGCACUGCUGUCUCCCACGGGCCCCUCUCGGCGCUGCCCCCACGCCUCAGUUUCCCCAUCGGACAGCAGCAGGGCGGGUUGUGCUGCAGGGGCUGAGCGGGGAGGUGUUACGGAGCUUUGGAGCCCCAGCAUCGGGCGUCCCGCAGCUCCAGCGCCGCCACCGAGCCUGCGUUUCCUCCAGCCUUCAGUCGGCCUCGCCGCCAGCAAACCUCCGCCUUCCUUCUUUUGUAGGAGAUUUUUUGGUUUUUUUUAAAGCUCAAAAACCCCCACUUGGCCUCUCCUGUUACCGCCAGGCUUUCACCGGCACCGGCUGCUCCCCCAGGAAGGAGGGACUCUCAGGUUCCCAAUUCAGGCGCACGUGUACAUAGUUUAAAUAGCGCUGGGGCUGAACAGGAACGAGCAGAUGCCGGAGCCACGCGGGCAGCCGAGCUUCCCUUCCCUCCCCUGUGCUCCCAGUGCUGCUGGGCUGCUCGGCCCCACGGUGAGCACGGAUGCUUGAGUCAGUUUUUAUCCCCCUGGAAAACCCACUGGAAAAACAAACCGACAAAACCCCACCUUUGAAAUAAAAUCUUGUGCUAGGCAGA